AUGCAGCCUAAUCUGUUCCCAUUCGGCACGGUUUUGGGCAAUCCGUUUCUCUUCAGCGGCGGAGAUCUGAGCGAGCUCGGUGCUGCUGGUGGUUUCGAGAGCUCUAGGGUUUUCUUACUACUUCCCUUCUUAUUAUCAUCCCAAGGCCAAGGCAUGGAUUUCUCUAAAGUUGGCGAGAAAUUCCUUAGCUCUGUUAAAUCCGCUUCGUCGCUUGGUCUCUUGCCUUCUCCGUCUUUCUCCGAUCGCCCUGAGAUUCCGGCGCGUGCGGCAGCUGCAGCUGCUGUUGCUCGUGCUUUGGCAGGACUUCCUUCUGAUCAGAGAUUAAGUAUAUCUUCUAAUGCUACGGAACUUAGCUCAAUAUAUGGAAACAGACCUCCUCCUCAAGAAGUUGAAGAGCUUGAAGAGGGUUUCUAUGAAGAGGAUUUUGAUCCAGUGAGACAUAUUUUGGAGAAUGUGCCAGAUGAUCAAAGCGAGCUAGCUUAUUUUGACCAGCAGGCUACAUUGAGGCUGGUACAGUUGGAUAGAGUGGCAGAGAGUCUGUCUCAUCAUGUUAUGGAGCAUCAUGAAGUAAUGGUGAAGGGGAUGAAUUUGGUUAGAGAAUUGGAAAAGGAUUUGAAGAUUGCAAAUGUUAUAUGCAAGAAUGGAAGACGGAAUUUGACUUCAUCUAUGAAUGAGGCGUCAAGAGAUCUUAUUGUACACACUCAUUCCAAAAAGAAACAAGCUCUUCUGGACAUGCUUCCUGUAUUAACCGAUCUUCGCCAUGCAAGAGUAAUGCAGUCAAGUCUUGAAGACCUUGUUGAAGAAAGAAACUACUGCAAGGCAUUUCAAGUUCUCUCGGAGUAUUUGCAGCUGCUUGACAGUCUGUCUGAGUUUUCAGCAAUCCAAGAGAUGACCCGUGGUGUUGAGGUUUGGUUAGGAAGAACUCUUCAUAAGCUGGAUUCACUUUUGUUGGGCGUUUGCCAGGAGUUCAAAGAAGAUAGUUAUUUAAUGGUCCUUGACGCUUAUGCACUAAUCGGCGAUGUCUCUGGUCUCGCCGAGAAGAUACAAAGCUUCUUUAUGCAGGAAGUUAUCUCAGAAACCCACUCAGUGCUAAAGACCGUUGUUGGGGAGGAUAACAGUGCUGCCACACAAUAUAGUAGACUUACCUACAGCGAUCUAUGUCUUCAGACACCAGAAUCCAAGUUUAGGCAAUGUCUUUUGAGAACACUCGCUGUGCUAUUUCAGUUAAUAUAUUCAUACCAUGAGAUAAUGAGUUUUGUGCCAGAGAAGAAGGUAGAAAUGAUUGAUUCAGUGAUAAAAAGUUCAUGCGACCCACAGGAUGAUGGUCUUUCUUCAGCCAUGAGUUCGGGAAGCAUACCUUCUUGUACCAUUUCUGCUGAAGAGUCUGAUGGAAGUGGAACACCCAAUUCCAUGCAGCAGGCGUCUACUAGUGUAGUAAAUGAAUCUAGGGAUCCUGGAGAUACUGUAUCAAGUGGUGAGUCGCCAUGGUAUUAUCUACGGAAAGAGAGUGCAACUUUAGUUUCAGAAACUCUUCAGAGAGGACGCAGAAAUCUUUGGCAGCUUACAACAAGCCGUGUGUCAGUUUUGCUCUCUUCCCCAGCUGCUUCUUCAACAAGUAUACACCAGUUCCUAAAAAAUUACGAAGACCUAAGCGUCUUUAUCCUUGCGGGGGAAGCGUUCUGUGGAUUUGAAGUUGUUGAUUUCAGGGAGAAGCUAAAGGGCGUAUGCGAAAAUUAUUUCACUGCAUUUCAUAGGCAAAGCAUGCAUGCGCUUAAAAUGGUCCUGGAGAAGGAGACAUGGACGAAACUGUCACCCGAUACUGUGCAAUCAAUUAAUUUUGCCGGUCUUGUGGGGGAUGGGGCUCCCCUAAUUAUUUCUUCCCGCAGCGCCUCUGGUUCUUCCAAAUUCCCUCACUCUACUAAGUCAAAUGAAUCAAUAGAUCCCAGUGGGAACAGGAGUGGGUUCUCACAUUGGCUGAAAACUGGAAACCCGUUCUCAGCAAAGUUAACUUACUAUAGAGAAGAUCAAGACUACUCCCCCGUCAAUGGAGCUGCCUCUGGAGAUUCUGAAGGGAAUGAUAGUAUUCACGAUGAUCUUGUGAGUCCCAAGAUAGGAGAUCAAAAACGGAUUAAUGGAGGCAGUCCUGUUUCAGGAGAUGAACACGAAGACCUUCAUGCUGACUAUAUUGAUGAGGAUAGUCAGCUUCCAAGGCGAAGUUUUACACGUAAAAUAGCAAGGAGCUCUUCUUCACAAUUCAGUACUAAUGAUGAUUUGACAGCUCAAACAGGAUCGUCCCUUUGUCUAUUAAGAUCAAUGGAUAAGUACGCAAGGCUUAUGCAGAAACUAGAAAUUGUUAACGUUGAAUUUUUUAAGGGAAUAUGCCAAUUAUUUGGGGUCUUUUUCUAUUUCGUGUUUCAAGUAUUUGGUCAAGAAAAUACAAAUUCAGGUGGAAAAGGAGUUGCCGAGUCUUUUAAUCAUCGUUUGAAAAGCAGCUUAUCCCGGAUAUCUCAAGAGUGUGAGCAAUGGAUAAAACCUCAGAUUUCAUCAUCACCAUCCUCUUCACUUGGUUUUUCCAACACAGUUAGUCUUGCGGAUGUGACUCCAGCAAGUCCUUUAAAUACAAUUUCUGGUCACUUAUCAGGCGUAUCUUUUAGUCUCAAGGAAAGAUGUGCUGCAGUGGACACUGUUUCUCUUGUAGCUCGGUUGUUGCAUAAAUCAAAGCCUCAUCUCCAAUCAAUGCUUAUGUCAAGAAAUGGCUCUCUGGUUGAAGACUUCUUUGGUCAACUGGUUGGUUCCGUACCUGAUCUCACAGAGCACUUGCAUAGGACAACUGCGAGGAUGCUGCUGCAUGUUAAUGGAUAUGUAGACCGGAUUGCUAAUUCUAAAUGGGAAGUCAAGGAGCUCGGAGUGGAGCACAAUGGGUAUGUUGAUUUGAUGCUGGGGGAAUUCAAACACUACAGAACAAGGCUUGCUCAUGGAGGCAUUCCACAUGAGGUCCAAAACCUCCUACUGGAAUAUGGAGUUGAAAUAUUUGCGGAGAUGCUGGUCGAAGGUUUAUCUCGAAUAAAAAGAUGUACUGAUGAAGGACGUGCUCUCAUGUCAUUAGAUAUUCAGGUCCUAAUAAACGGGCUACAGCACCUUGUGCCAACAAACGUGAAGCCCAAGUUUCAAAUAGUCGAAACAUUUAUAAAGGCAUACUAUCUACCAGAGACGGAAUAUGUUCACUGGGCAAAGGCUCAUUCGGAGUAUACAAAAGGACAGGUCGUUGGACUGGUGAAUUUAGUAGCCACCAUGAAAGGCUGGAAGAGGAAAACGAGGCUGGAAAUUGUGGAGAAGGUCGAAUCAGCGGCUGCGUAG